AUGCUGUUGCAGUGGAGUCUCAUCAGAAAAUCAGAAACAGCUGCGCAGAAGCGGCUGCGCAGGAACAGCUGCGCAGAAGCGGCUGCGCAGAAGCGGCUGCGCAGAAGCGGCUGCGCAGAAGCGGCUGCGCACAAGCGGCUGCGCACAAGCGGCUGCGCAGAAGCGGCUGCGCAGAAGCGGCUGCGCAGAAGCGGCUGCGCAGAAGCGGCUGCGCAGAAGCGGCUGCGCAGAAGCGGCUGCGCAGAAACGGCUGCGCAGAAACGGCUGCGCAGAAACGGCUGCGCAGAAACGGCUGCGCAGAAACGGCUGCGCAGAAACGGCUGCGCAGAAGCGGCUGCGCAGAAGCGGCUGCGCAGAAGCGGCUGCGCAGGAGCGGCUGCGCAGAAGCGGCUGCGCACAAGCGGCUGCGCAGAAGCGGCUGCGCAGAAGCGGCUGCGCAGAAGCGGCUGCGCAGAAGCGGCUGCGCAGAAGCGGCUGCGCAGAAGCGGCUGCGCAGAAGCGGCAGCGCAGAAGCGGCUGCGCAGAAGCGGCAGCGCGGAAGCGGCUGCGCAGAAACGGCUGCGCAGAAACAGCUGCGCAGGAACAGCUGCGCAGGAACAGCUGCGCAGGAACAGCUGCGCAGAAACAGCUGCGCAGGAACAGCUGCGCAGGAACAGCUGCGCAGGAACAGCUGCGCAGGAACAGCUGCGCAGGAACAGCUGCGCAGGAACAGCUGCGCAGGAACAGCUGCGCAGGAACAGCUGCGCAGGAACAGCUGCGCAGGUACAGCUGCGCAGAAACAGCUGCGCAGAAACAGCUGCGCAGGAACAGCUGCGCAGGAACAGCUGCGCAAGAACAGCUGCGCAGGUACAGCUGCGCAGGAGCAGCUGCGCAGGAACAACUGCGCAGAAACAACUGCGCAGAAACAGCUGCGCUGGAACAGCUGCGCAGAAACAGCUGCGCAGAAACAGCUGCGCAGAAACAGCUUCGCAGAAACAGCUGCGCAGAAACAGCUGCGCAGAAACAGCUGCGCAGGAACAGCUGCGCAGGAACAGCUGCGCAGAAACAGCUGCGCAGAAACAGCUGCGCAGAAACAGCUGCGCAGGAACAGCUGCGCAGAAACAGCUGCGCAGAAACAGCUGCGCAGAAACAGCUGCGCAGAAACAGCUGCGCAGAAACAGCUGCGCAGAAACAGCUGCGCAGAAACAGCUGCGCAGAAACAGCUGCGCAGAAACAGCUGCGCAGAAACAGCUGCGCAGAAACAGCUGCGCAGGAGCAGCUGCGCAGGAACAGCUGCGCAGGAACAGCUGCGCAGGAACAGGUGCGCAGGAACAGGUGCGCAGGAACAGGUGCGGAGGAACAGGUGCGCAGGAACAGCUGCGCAGGAACAGGUGCGCAGGAGCAGGUGCGCAGGAACAGCUGCGCAGGAACAGCUGCGCAGGAACAGCUGCGCAGGAACAGCUGCGCAGGAACAGGUGCGCAGGAACAGCUGCGCAGAAACAGCUGCGCAGAAACAGCUGCGCAGAAACAGCUGCGCAGAAACAGCUGCGCAGAAACAGCUGCGCAGAAACAGCUGCGCAGAAACAGCUGCGCAGAAACAGCUCCGCAGAAACAGCUGCGCAGAGACAGCUGCGCAGAGACAGCUGCGCAGAUACAGCUGCGCAGAAACAGCUGCGCAGAAACAGCAGCGCAGAAACAGCUGCGCAGAAACAGCUGCGCAGAAACAGCUGCGCAGAAACAGCUGCGCAGAAACAGCUGCGCAGAAACAGCUGCGCAGAAACAGAUGCGAAGAAACAGCUGCGCAGAAACAGCUGCGCAGAAACAGCUGCGCAGAAACAGCGGCGCAGAAACAGCGGCGCAGAAACAGCUGCGCAGGAACAACUGCGCAGAAACAGCUGCGCAGAAACAGCUGCGCAGGAACAGCUGCGCAGGAACAGCUGUGCAGAAACAGCUGCGCAGAAACAGCUGCGCAGAAACAGCUGCGCAGGAACAGCUGCGCAGGAACAGCUGCGCAGAAACAGCUGCGCAGAAACAGCUGCGCAGAAACAGCUGCGCAGAAACAGCUGCGCAGGAACAGCUACGCAGAAACAGCUGCGCAGAAACAGCUGCGCAGAAACAGCUGCGCAGAAACAGCUGCGCAGAAACAGCUGCGCAGAAACAGCUGCGCAGAAACAGCUGCGCAGAGACAGCUGCGCAGAAACAGCUGCGCAGAGACAGCUGCGCAGAAACAGCUGCGCAGAAACAGCUGCGCAGAAACAGCUGCGCAGAAACAGCUGCACAGAAACAGCUGCGCAGAAACAGCUGCGCAGAAACAGCUGCGCAGAAACAGCGGCGCAGAUACAGCGGCGCAGAAACAGCGGCGCAGAAACACUCUAUAGCCUCUGGUUACAGGAGCUGAAGUCUCAUCAGAAAAUCAGAAACAGCUGCGCGGAGACGGCUGCGCAGAAGCGGCUGCGCGGAAGCGGCUGCGCGGAAGCGGCUGCGCGGAAACGGCUGCGCGGAAACGGCUGCGCGGAAACGGCUGCGCGAGAACAGCUGCGCGAGAACAGGUGCGCCGGAACAGGUGCGCGGGAACAGCUGCGCAGGAACAGCUGCGCAGGAAUAGCUGCGCAGGAACAGGUGCGCAAAAACAGGUGCGCAAAAACAGGUGCGCAGGAACAGCUGCGCAGGAACAGCUGCGCAGGAACAGCUGCGCAGGAACAGCUGCGCAGAAACAGCUGCGCAGGAACAGCUGCGCAGGAACAGCUGCGCAGAAACAGCUGCGCAGAAACAGCUGCGCAGAAACAGCUGCGCAGAAACAGCUGCGCAGAAACAGCUUCGCAGAAACAGCUGCGCAGGAACAGCAGCGCAGGAACGGCUGCGCAGAAACGGCUGCGCAGAAACGGCUGCGCAGAAACGGCUGCGCAGAAACGGCUGCGCAGAAACGGCUGCGCAGAAACGGCUGCGCAGAAACGGCUGCGCGGAAGCGGCUGCGCGGAAGCGGCUGCGCGGAAACGGCUGCGCGGAAACGGCUGCGCGGAAACGGCUGCGCGAGAACAGCUGCGCGAGAACAGGUGCGCGGGAACAGCUACGCGGGAACAGCUGCGCGGGAACAGCUGCGCAGGAACAGCUGCGCAGGAACAGGUGCGCAGGAACAGGUGCGCAGGAACAGGUGCGCAGGAACAGCUGCGCAGGAACAGCUGCGCAGGAACAGCUGCGCAGGAACAGCUGCGCAGGAACAGCUGCGCAGAAACAGCUGCGCAGAAACAGCUGCGCAGAAACAGCUGCGCAGAAACGGCUUCGCAGAAACGGCUGCGCUGGAACGGCUGCGCAGAAACGGCUGCGCAGAAACGGCUGCGCAGAAACGGCUGCGCAGAAACGGCUGCGCAGAAACGGCUGCGCAGAAACGGCUGCGCAGAAACGGCUGCGCAGAAACGGCUGCGCAGAAAAGGCUGCGCAGAAACGGCUGCGCAGAAACAGCUGCGCAGAAACAGCUGCGCAGAAGCAGCUGCGCAGAAGCAGCUGCGCAGAAGCAGCUGCGCAGAAGCAGCUGCGCAGAAGCAGCUGCGCAGAAGCAGCUGCGCAGAAACAGCUGCGCAGAAACAGCUGCGCAGAUACAGCUGCGCAGAUACAGCUGCGCAGAAACAGCUGCGCAGAAACAGCUGCGCAGAAACAGCUGCGCAGGAACAGCUGCGCAGGAACAGCUGCGCAGGAACAGCUGCGCAGGAACAGCUGCGCAGGAACAGCUGCGCAGGAACAGCUGCGCAGGAACAGCUGCGCAGGAACAGCUGCGCAGGAACAGCUGCGCAGGAACAGCUGCGCAGGAACAGCUGCGCAGAAACAGCUGCGCAGGAACAGCUGCGCAGGAACAGCUGCGCAGGAACAGCUGCGCAGGAACAGCUGCGCAGAAACAGCUGCGCAGAAACAGCUGCGCAGGAACAGCUGCGCAGAAACAGCUGCGCAGAAACAGCUGCGCAGGAACAGCUGCGCAGGAACAGCUGCGCAGGAACAGCUGCGCAGAAACAGCUGCGCAGGAACAGCUGCGCAGAAACAGCUGCGCAGAAACAGCUGCGCAGAAACAGCUGCGCAGAAACAGCUUCGCAGAAACAGCUGCGCAGGAACAGCUGCGCAGAAACAGCUGCGCAGAAACAGCUGCGCAGGAACAGCUGCGCAGAAAAAGCUGCGCAGAAACAGCUGCGCAGAAACAGCUGCGCAGGAACAGCUGCGCAGAAACAGCUGCGCAGGAACAGCUGCGCAGAAACAGCUGCGCAGAAGCAGCUGCGCAGAAGCAGCUGCGCAGAAGCAGCUGCGCAGAAGCAGCUGCGCAGAAGCAGCUGCGCAGAAACAGCUGCGCAGAAACAGCUGCGCAGAUACAGCUGCGCAGAUACAGCUGCGCUGAAACAGCUGCGCAGAAACAGCUGCGCAGAAACAGCUGCGCAGAAACAGCUGCGCAGGAACAGCUGCGCAGGAACAGCUGCGCAGGAACAGCUGCGCAGGAACAGCUGCGCAGGAACAGCUGCGCAGGAACAGCUGCGCAGAAACAGCUGCGCAGAAACAGCUGCGCAGAAACAGCGGCGCAGAAACAGCGGCGCAGAAACACUCUAUAGCCUCCGGUUACAGGAGCGUACCUCCAUGUUCAAUGUUUUUUGGGCAGUUGAACAUGUAAAGUUGAAUCCCGAACAGCUGCGCAGAAGCGGCUGCGCAGAAGCGGCUGCGCAGAAGCGGCUGCGCAGAAGCGGCUGCGCAGAAGCGGCUGCGCAGAAGCGGCUGCGCAGAAGCGGCUGCGCAGAAGCGGCUGCGCAGAAGCGGCUGCGCAGAAGCGGCUGCGCAGAAGCGGCUGCGCAGAAACGGCUGCGCAGAAACGGCUGCGCAGAAACGGCUGCGCAGAAACGGCUGCGCAGAAACGGCUGCGCAGAUACGGCUGCGCAGAAACGGCUGCGCAGAAGCGGCUGCGCAGAAGCGGCUGCGCAGAAGCGGCUGCGCAGAAGCGGCUGCGCACAAGCGGCUGCGCAGAAGCGGCUGCGCAGAAGCGGCUGCGCAGAAGCGGCUGCGCAGAAGCGGCUGCGCAGAAGCGGCGGCGCAGAAGCGGCUGCGCAGAAGCGGCUGCGCAGAAGCGGCUGCGCAGAAGCGGCUGCGCAGAAGCGGCUGCGCAGAAGCGGCUGCUCAGAAGCGGCUGCGCAGAAGCGGCUGCGCAGAAGCGGCUGCGCAGAAGCGGCUGCGCAGAAACGGCUGCGCAGAAACGGCUGCGCAGAAACGGCUGCGCAGAAACGGCUGCGCAGCAGCAGCUGCGCAGAAGCAGCUGCGCAGAAGCAGCUGCGCAGAAACAGCUGCGCAGAUGCAGCUGCGCAGAAACAGCUGCGCAGAAACAGCUGCGCAGAAGCGGCUGCGCAGAAGCGGCUGCGCAGAAGCGGCUGCGCAGAAGCGGCUGCGCAGAAGCGGCUGCGCGGAAGCGGCUGCGCGGAAGCGGCUGCGCGGAAGCGGCUGCGCGGAAGCGGCUGCGCGGAAACGGCUGCGCAGAAGCGGCUGCGCAGAAGCGGCUGCGCAGAAGCGGCUGCGCAGAAGCGGCUGCGCAGAAACGGCUGCGCAGAAACGGCUGCGCAGAAACGGCUGCGCAGAAACGGCUGCGCAGAAACGGCUGCGCAGAAACGUAUGCGCAGAAACGGCUGCGCAGAAACGGCUGCGCAGAAACGGCUGCGCAGAAACGGCUGCGCAGAAACGGCUGCGCAGAAACGGCUGCGCAGAAACGGCUGCGCAGAAACGGCUGCGCAGAAACGGCUGCGCAGAAACGGCUGCGCAGAAACGGCUGCGCAGAAACGGCUGCGCAGAAACAGCUGCGCAGAAACAGCUGCGCAGAAACAGCUGCGCAGAAACAGCUGCGCAGAAGCAGCUGCGCAGAAGCAGCUGCGCAGAAACAGCUGCGCAGAAACAGCUGCGCAGAAACAGCUGCGCAGAAACAGGGCGCAGAAACAGCUGCGCAGAAACAGCUGCGCAGAAACAGCUGCGCAGAUACAGCUGCGCAGAUACAGCUGCGCAGAUACAGCUGCGCAGAUACAGCUGCGCAGAAACAGCUGCGCAGAUACAGCUGCGCAGAAAGAGCUGCGCAGAAACAGCUGCGCAGAAACAGCUGCGCAGAAACAGCUGCGCAGAAACAGCUGCACAGAAACAGCUGCGCAGGAACAGCUGCGCAGAAACAGCUGCGCAGAAACAGCUGCGCAGGAACAGCUGCGCAGGAACAGCUGCGCAGAAACAGGUGCGCAGAAACAGCUGCGCAGAAACAGCUGCGCAGGAACAGCUGCGCAGGAACAGCUGCGCAGGAACAGCUGCGCAGGAACAGCUGCGCAGAAACAGCUGCGCAGGAACAGCUGCGCAGGAACAGCUGCGCAGGAACAGCUGCGCAGCAACAGCUGCGCAGAAACAGCUGCGCAGAAACAGCUGCGCAGAAACAGCUGCAGAAACAGCUGCGCAGAAACAGCGGCGCAGAGACAGCGGCGCAGAAACAGCGGCGCAGAAACACUCUAUAGCCUCCGGUUACAGGAGCGUACCUCCAUGUUCAAUGUUUUUUGGGCAGUUGAACAUAAACGGCUGCGCAGGAACGGCUGCGCAGGAACAGCUGCGCAUAAGCGGCUGCGCAGAAGCGGCUGCGCAGAAGCGGCUGCGCAGAAGCGGCUGCGCAGAAGCGGCUGCGCAGAAGCGGCUGCGCAGAAGCGGCUGCGCAGAAGCGGCUGCGCAGAAGCGGCUGCGCAGAAGCGGCUGCGCAGAAGCGGCUGCGCAGAAGCGGCUGCGCAGAAGCGGCUGCGCAGAAGCGGCUGCGCAGAAGCGGCUGCGCAGAAGCGGCUGCGCAGAAGCGGCUGCGCAAAACGGCUGCGCAGAAACGGCUGCGCAGAAGCGGCUGCGCAGAAGCGGCUGCGCAGAAGCGGCUGCGCAGAAGCGGCUGCGCAGAAGCGGCUGCGCAGAAGCGGCUGCGCAGAAGCGGCUGCGCAGAAGCGGCUGCGCAGAAGCGGCUGCGCAGAAACGGCUGCGCAGAAACGGCUGCGCAGAAACGGCUGCGCAGAAACGGCUGCGCAGAAACGGCUGCGCAGAUACGGCUGCGCAGGAACGGCUGCGCAGGAACGGCUGCGCAGGAACGGCUGCGCAGGAACGGCUGCGCAGGAACGGCUGCGCAGGAACGGCUGCGCAGGAACGGCUGCGCAGGAACGGCUUCGCAGGAACGGCUGCGCAGCAGCGGCUGCGCAGAAGCGGCUGCGCAGAAGCGGCUGCGCAGAAGCGGCUGCGCAGAAGCGGCUGCGCAGAAGCGGCUGCGCAGAAGCGGCUGCGCAGAAGCGGCUGCGCAGAAGCGGCUGCGCAGAAGCGGCUGCGCAGAAGCGGCUGCGCAGAAGCGGCUGCGCAGAAGCGGCUGCGCAGAAGCGGCUGCGCAGAAGCGGCUGCGCAGAAGCGGCUGCGCAGAAACGGCUGCGCAGAAACGGCUGCGCAGAAACGGCUGCGCAGGAACGGCUGCGCAGAAACGGCUGCGCAGAAACGGCUGCGCAGAAACGGCUGCGCAGAAACGGCUGCGCAGAAACGACUGCGCAGAAACAGCUGCGCAGAAGCAGCUGCGCAGAAGCAGCUGCGCAGAAUCAGCUGCGCAGAAGCAGCUGCGCAGAAGCAGCUGCGCAGAAGCAGCUGCGCAGAAGCAGCUGCGCAGAAACAGCUGCGCAGAAACAGCUGCGCAGAUACAGCUGCGCAGAUACAGCUGCGCAGAUACAGCUGCGCAGAAACGGCUGCGCAGAAACGGCUGCGCAGAAACGGCUGCGCAGAAACGGCUGCGCAGAAACGGCUGCGCUGAUACGGCUGCGCAGAAACGGCUGCGCAGAAACGGCUGCGCAGAAACGAAUGCGCAGAAGCGGCUGCGCAGAAGCGGCUGCGCAGAAGCGGCUGCGCAGAAGCGGCUGCGCAGAAGCGGCUGCGCAGAAGCGGCUGCGCAGAAACGGCUGCGCAGAUACGGCUGCGCAGAAACGGCUGCGCAGAAACGGCUGCGCAGAAACGGCUGCGCAGAAACGGCUGCGCAGAAACGGCUGCGCAGUAACGGCUGCGCAGAAACGGCUGCGCAGAAACGGCUGCGCAGAAACGUAUGCGCAAAAACGGCUGCGCAGAAACGGCUGCGCAGAAACGGCUGCGCAGAAACGGCUGCGCAGAAACGGCUGCGCAGAAACGGCUGCGCAGAAACGGCUGCGCAGAAACGGCUGCGCAGAAACGGCUGCGCAGAAACGGCUGCGCAGAAACGGCUGCGCAGAAACGGCUGCGCAGAAACGGCUGCGCAGAAACGGCUGCGCAGAAACAGCUGCGCAGAAACAGCUGCGCAGAAACAGCUGCGCAGAAACAGCUGCGCAGAAGCAGCUGCGCAGAAACAGCUGCGCAGAAGCAGCUGCGCAGAAACAGCUGCGCAGAAACAGCUGCGCAGAAACAGCUGCGCAGAAACAGUGCGCAGAAACAGCUGCGCAGAAACAGCUGCGCAGAAACAGCUGCGCAGAUACAGCUGCGCAGAUACAGCUGCGCAGAUACAGCUGCGCAGAAACAGCUGCGCAGAAACAGCUGCGCAGAUACAGCUGCGCAGAUACAGCUGCGCAGAAACAGCUGCGCAGAAACAGCUGCGCAGAAACAGCUGCGCAGAAACAGCUGCGCAGAAACAGCUGCGCAGGAACAGCUGCACAGAAACAGCUGCGCAGAAACAGCUGCGCAGAAACAGCUGCGCAGGAACAGCUGCGCAGGAACAGCUGCGCAGAAACAGCUGCGCAGGAACAGCUGCGCAGGAACAGCUACGCAGGAACAGCUGCGCAGGAACAGCUGCGCAGGAACAGCUGCGCAGGAACAGCUGCGCAGGAACAGCUGCGCAGGAACAGCUGCGCAGGAACAGCUGCGCAGGAACAGCUGCGCAGAAACAGCUGCGCAGAAACAGCUGCGCAGAAACAGCGGCGCAGAAACAGCGGCGCAGAAACACUCUAUAGCCUCCGUGGAGUCUCAUCAGAAAAUCAGAAACAGCUGCGCAGAAGCGGCUGCGCAGGAACAGCUGCGCAGAAGCGGCUGCGCAGAAGCGGCUGCGCAGAAGCGGCUGCGCAGAAGCGGCUGCGCACAAGCGGCUGCGCACAAGCGGCUGCGCAGAAGCGGCUGCGCAGAAGCGGCUGCGCAGAAGCGGCUGCGCAGAAGCGGCUGCGCAGAAGCGGCUGCGCAGAAGCGGCUGCGCAGAAACGGCUGCGCAGAAACGGCUGCGCAGAAACGGCUGCGCAGAAACGGCUGCGCAGAAACGGCUGCGCAGAAACGGCUGCGCAGAAGCGGCUGCGCAGAAGCGGCUGCGCAGAAGCGGCUGCGCAGAAGCGGCUGCGCACAAGCGGCUGCGCAGAAGCGGCUGCGCAGAAGCGGCUGCGCAGAAGCGGCUGCGCAGAAGCGGCUGCGCAGAAGCGGCUGCGCAGAAGCGGCUGCGCAGAAGCGGCAGCGCAGAAGCGGCUGCGCAGAAGCGGCUGCGCAGAAGCGGCUGCGCAGAAACGGCUGCGCAGAAACAGCUGCGCAGGAACAGCUGCACAGGAACAGCUGCGCAGGAACAGCUGCGCAGAAACAGCUGCGCAGGAACGGCUGCGCAGAAACGGCUGCGCAGAAACGGCUGCGCAGAAACGGCUGCGCAGAAACGACUGCGCAGAAACAGCUGCGCAGAAGCAGCUGCGCAGAAGCAGCUGCGCAGAAUCAGCUGCGCAGAAGCAGCUGCGCAGAAGCAGCUGCGCAGAAGCAGCUGCGCAGAAGCAGCUGCGCAGAAACAGCUGCGCAGAAACAGCUGCGCAGAUACAGCUGCGCAGAUACAGCUGCGCAGAUACAGCUGCGCAGAAACGGCUGCGCAGAAACGGCUGCGCAGAAACGGCUGCGCAGAAACGGCUGCGCAGAAACGGCUGCGCUGAUACGGCUGCGCAGAAACGGCUGCGCAGAAACGGCUGCGCAGAAACGAAUGCGCAGAAGCGGCUGCGCAGAAGCGGCUGCGCAGAAGCGGCUGCGCAGAAGCGGCUGCGCAGAAGCGGCUGCGCAGAAGCGGCUGCGCAGAAACGGCUGCGCAGAUACGGCUGCGCAGAAACGGCUGCGCAGAAACGGCUGCGCAGAAACGGCUGCGCAGAAACGGCUGCGCAGAAACGGCUGCGCAGUAACGGCUGCGCAGAAACGGCUGCGCAGAAACGGCUGCGCAGAAACGUAUGCGCAAAAACGGCUGCGCAGAAACGGCUGCGCAGAAACGGCUGCGCAGAAACGGCUGCGCAGAAACGGCUGCGCAGAAACGGCUGCGCAGAAACGGCUGCGCAGAAACGGCUGCGCAGAAACGGCUGCGCAGAAACGGCUGCGCAGAAACGGCUGCGCAGAAACGGCUGCGCAGAAACGGCUGCGCAGAAACGGCUGCGCAGAAACGGCUGCGCAGAAACAGCUGCGCAGAAACAGCUGCGCAGAAACAGCUGCGCAGAAACAGCUGCGCAGAAGCAGCUGCGCAGAAACAGCUGCGCAGAAGCAGCUGCGCAGAAACAGCUGCGCAGAAACAGCUGCGCAGAAACAGCUGCGCAGAAACAGUGCGCAGAAACAGCUGCGCAGAAACAGCUGCGCAGAAACAGCUGCGCAGAUACAGCUGCGCAGAUACAGCUGCGCAGAUACAGCUGCGCAGAAACAGCUGCGCAGAAACAGCUGCGCAGAUACAGCUGCGCAGAUACAGCUGCGCAGAAACAGCUGCGCAGAAACAGCUGCGCAGAAACAGCUGCGCAGAAACAGCUGCGCAGAAACAGCUGCGCAGGAACAGCUGCACAGAAACAGCUGCGCAGAAACAGCUGCGCAGAAACAGCUGCGCAGGAACAGCUGCGCAGGAACAGCUGCGCAGAAACAGCUGCGCAGGAACAGCUGCGCAGGAACAGCUACGCAGGAACAGCUGCGCAGGAACAGCUGCGCAGGAACAGCUGCACAGGAACAGCUGCGCAGGAACAGCUGCGCAGGAACAGCUGCGCAGGAACAGCUGCGCAGGAACAGCUGCGCAGAAACAGCUGCGCAGAAACAGCUGCGCAGAAACAGCGGCGCAGAAACAGCGGCGCAGAAACACUCUAUAGCCUCCGGUUACAGGAGCGUACCUCCAUGUUCAAUGUUUUUUGGGCAGUUGAACAUGUAAAGUUGAAUCCCGUACGCGCGUGGUAG